UUUUUUGUCUCCCAUCCAACUAUCUUCGUUUCGACAAGUACCGUUGCUUUUUCCUUAUUCUCUCUUUCCGUCCGUCCUUGCGCCGACAACUUACGAACAGAAUUGUAUCUCUUCCUCUGCUUCUGCGCCUGUUCUUUUCGUUCGCUAAUCUCCGAAAGUGCAGUCGACUUUUUGAAGAAAAAUGUCAGCGAACGGGUCCGAUGCGAACAAGGAGGAGGAAAAGCGCCAGCAUGUGCCGUACAUUCUCAACGGGGAGCUCUACCGCAUCGAAAAUCAGGUGGGGGAUAACGUCACGGUUAAGUGCUGCUACUGUCCGCCGGAUCGGAUUUAUCGCGGCAGCGUACGUUCCACCGGGAAUUUUCACAUGCACAUCAAGCGGCGGCACAGUUCCCUCCUCGGAAAAUUACAUGAAAUGAAGGUUGCUGCUCUGGAGGAGCGCCGUGAUCGCAUCAUGAAGAACCGACGUUGCGUCAAGGAGCGAAAGAAGACCACAACACCGCCACCGAGCAUGGCUGCGCAGACCCCGCCGCAGUUGCAAGAGCUUGCGUCCCCGGCGGGCGUAGGAACUGGGACCCACGAGCUGAAAAUCAAAACCGUGUUUCAGCGCCACAAGCAGGAGCAACAGGGUGCAGCCACCAGAUCGUCCGGAGAUUCGACUUCAGAUAUCAGCGACAUAGCGAACUCACCGAAUAUUGCUGCCAACAGUACAGGUUUUUUGCGUCAGGAUCGCUCUAAUACGUCUGUGGCUGCCAAUUCCAUUUCUACACCAACUGUCCCUAUUUUGACCCCAAUCAAGCCAGAGGGCCCAAGUGUGUCCUCCUCAUUUCCGGUAGAGCAACCCGUGGCCAUUGAUCUGCGCCGGGCUCCAUCCCUACAGAGCGGGAGCAGCUCACUAUCCUCACUGGAGGACAGUUCCAUGGAGUACACAACCACCGAGGCCGUCACCCAAUCGUUGUCCCUGACCCAUUUCAUGGGGCAACCACAGCAGGAUCUCCUGCAGAGCCUGAAUCGCACAAUGGCCGUGAUCGGGCAGGAGCUGCACUGCCGCAACCGAAUCGAGCACAAUCGCUUGCUGCUGGAGGCGGCCAAGUUCAAGUAUCUCAACCCGAACUUUCACUUUGAACCCACUCUAUAGAGUAGGUGGCGGUGCUAAAUCUAAAUACUACGACUCCUUUGUGCCUUUUCUUAGAAAUAAAGUGGCCUAAAACCAGUUAAA